GAGAGGGCUAGAAUGAAACAGACAGAGGGAUUGAAGGGAGGGAGGAAGGGAGCUGACUUGUGGGUCCAGAGUUAAUCAGCUGACAUUCCCCUCCUUUUAUUGCAAUUCCCCAGAGCUACCAGCUGUGCCUUCCUCUGCCUCUCUGUAUGUGCCGGCUAACUCCAGGACAGCCCAUUUCACAGUCUUCUCCUUCUGCUUUCACUUCCAGGACCAUGUGGCACUCUGCUGGUCUUCUCCUCUUUAGUUUCUCAGCUCUGGUCCCAGUGUCCCAGCAGGGUCCUUACCAGCGUAACCUGCUGAAGCAGCUCCUGAAGGACUACAACCGCAUGGAGAGGCCAGUGGCCAAUGACUCACUUCCUCUCACCGUCAACCUGACCAUGAUUCUUGUGCAGAUAAUGGAUGUGGAUGAGAAAAAUCAAGUUCUCACUACCAACGUUUGGCUGCAAAUGCACUGGUAUGACCACUACCUGCAGUGGAAUCAGUCUGAGUACCCAGGUGUAAAAAACCUCAGAUUCACCACAGACCAGAUCUGGACACCCGACAUCCUUCUGUACAACAGUGCUGAUGACGAUUUUGAUUCCACUUUUAAGACAAAUGUGUUGGUCAACUCCAGCGGCUUUUGCCAGUACCUGCCCCCAGGAAUCUUCAUGAGUACAUGCAAUGUGGACGUCCGCUGGUUCCCUUUUGACAUCCAGAAGUGCGAGAUGAAGUUUGGCUCCUGGUCCUUUGACGGCUGGUUGCUGGAUCUGCAGAUGAAAGAGGCUGACAUUUCGGGCUACAUGCCGAAUGGAGAGUGGGACCUGGUGGGAGUUCCAGGCACCAGGAAUGAGCUGUACUACGACUGCUGCAAAGAGCCCUACCCUGAUGUGACCUUUGUAGUGACCAUCCGAAGACGCACACUCUACUAUGCCCUCAACCUGCUGAUCCCCUGCGUGCUGCUGUCCUCCAUGACACUGCUCAUCUUUGUGCUCCCCGCAGACUCUGGGGAGAAAAUUUCCCUGGGUAUCACUGUGCUGCUGUCUCUGACCGUUUUCAUGUUGCUGGUAGCUGAGAUCAUGCCGGCCACGUCAGACUCCAUACCCUUGAUAGGGCAGUACUUUGCCAGCAUCAUGAUCAUCGUUGGCAUGUCUGUGAUAGCCACUGUGGUGGUGCUGCAGUAUCACCACCAUGACCCCAAUGGAGGAGACAUGCCCAAAUGGGUGCAGCUGAUCUUGCUGCAGUGGGUGGCCUGGUUUCUGCGGAUGAAACGGCCGGGGGAAAGUGACGAGCGUGAGCACCCUCCCUGUGCCCCUCACCUGCGCCGCUGCUCGUCUGGCUCACACAGCGGCAGCUUGCCCCAGCCAGUGGAGCCCUCCCUGCACCCGCUGCACCCGCAGAACCUGCCUCACGCCGGGCUCCCUCAGCUGCACUCACAGGGCAGUGCCAACAAUGGCAACUUGCUCUACAUCGGCUUCCAGAACCUGGAUGACCCACCCCUUGUCACUGAUCCAGCACAGAGAGGCAGCAGCCUGCCCCAGAGGGGGGUCCCGGGGGUGGGGGCGUCUAGCCCCCCUCCCCACCUUGCUCAGGCCACGCCCACCCUGGACAGCGUGGGUUGCGUGGGAACUACAACGGGUGGCCUGGGGGUCGGAACUCUGUCAGGAACGGGGCCAGGUGCCCAAAUGGCCCUGGGAGACCCUCAGCUGCAGGCCAUCCUCGAGGAAGUGCGCUUCAUGGCCGACCACUUCCGCGAGCAGGACGAGAGCGAGAGCAUGGCGGAGCAGUGGAAAUUUGCAGCAGCGGUGAUCGACCGCCUCUGCCUGGUGGCCUUCAGCGUCUUCAACAUCAUCUGCACCAUCUCCAUCCUUAUGUCUGCACCCAACUUCGUGGAGGCUGUGUCCAAAGACUUCGUCUGAGCUGUGAGGUCUGAGAAGCUGUAGUUUCCUCAAUAGGGUGGAUAUUUAACAAAGCCAAACCGCGGGAAAGCAUGGCAGCAGGACCAGUACGAGGCUCAGGCUGUUAUUCUCUAUACCAUCUGCCCCUCCCACUUAACAAGGGACAUUCUUAUAAUGUUUAGACAAUGGCUCUCAUCUUCCCGGGAUGUCUCGAGGACAUUCAGGACGGAAUGAAUGCUCUGGACUCUUCUUAGCACUCACUUUGCAAGCUGGGCAUCUCCUCUCAUGCUGAGGUGUGGUGUAAACAGUUUAGCAGAUGCGUGCUGAUCAAUGGCACUUAAUUACUGUGGGAAGAUUGCCUUGAUAGAUCUCAAUGCUGACUGCACUGGAAUGGCUUAAACGCUGAUGAAUAGCACUUCCUGCACCUGGGGCUACCUUGUCAAACGAAGCUAGUGGAUUAAUAUUUUGGAAGUGACCUGAGGAUUAUAGUGGAGCUGAGAACUGGUGGUUCCAGUUAAGAA